GAAAUACAUCCGCUAACAGAAGAUGAGAAGAUUAAUAUAAAAUAUUGUCAAGAGAAAACAUGUAAAUUCCUGUUUCCAUAUUCUCUAGUAGAACAAGAGACUCGCGCCAAUAUUCAUAUCCGCCUUUACACACAAUUAACAAGAACUUUAAAUCGUAUAUUAGUCUUACCAAAUGUUGGAAAUUCAAAAAUUAGAGCGUGUUCUCUAUAUCCAUUCGACUUCUAUUAUGAUUUAAAAGCAUUCCAAGAGGAUUAUCCAGACAUUCGAUUUAUAACUCAAAAUGAAUUUUUUGAAUGGACAAAAGAAAGAAAAAUUCAACCAAUCGCGCAACAUUCAAGUAUGAUUCAAGACGGUUUAAAUAAAUCUUUUAGUUCUAAACAAUCAAUGACUAUGAGAGUCAAUGAAAGUGAUAAAUUUGGAAGCAAACGAAAAAAAAAAACCUAUCGCGAAGCAAUGCUGAAGCUUGUUACAAACACUCUAAAAAUUCCAUCUAUAACUGGAGAAUACGAAGCAAUAAUGAUAUUAGAUACUUCACCUGCAGAAAUAUUUCCAAAUAUUCCCAAAGUAAUUCCAUAUUCACCAUAUAUUAUUGAGGAAUCUAAAAAAAUCUUAAAUAAAUUAAUGCCUUAUAUAGCUGUUCAUUGGAGAAUGGAGCGGGGACAGUCUGAAUUAAUGCCAAAAUGUGCCAAUGAACUAGUUAAAACAUUAAAAAAAGUUCAAAACCAGUAUGGAAUUAAAAAUGUAUAUUUGGCAACAGAUUUUCCACUUAACGGCGGAAAUCCUCAAUCGCUAACAUUUCAUAAUAUUUCUAGCUUUCAUAAAAAAGCUAUUGAAAUACUUGGACUAGAUGGUAGAUUUAUAAAUAGUUCCGAUUACAUAAAAUUCGAUACAUGGAUUUCAAUGGACGCUUUCUCACAAAUUAGAAACGACCCAAAAUACGAAACAGAAUUUAAAGGUGCGGGUAUACACGGAAUACUUGAUAAAAUAGUUUGUAUAAAUGCAAAGUAUUUCUUAAGGAGCCCGAAAGGUUGCGGUAGGAUAUCUAGUACUUUCACGAAAGCUAUCUCUAUAGAAAGACAAAAGUUGAAAGAUCAACAUGAUUUGAUUAAUAUUG